AGGGUUGCCAUGUCUUUGACUUCAGUGUUGGUUAACCCCGUUUGUACAGCUGUUCGGAGGAGUCAUAAGCAAUAGAAAAAGCAAUAUUUUUGUCGAUACAUGAACUAACUAGGAUAACUCGGAACACGGAGCGGUCGGAGCAUGAAUCGAUCAACGGGGGAGCCCAAGAUAAGCCAGGCCCUGUCCUGCCUGCACCUGUCCCAUCGCCACCACCUUCCAUCGGAGCAGGGUGAGCACAACCACAACAAUAGGAACGAAAUAAUUCGCGUCGCAGGCAGUAACAGCAGCCCCAACAGUGGGGCAGGAGCCGGAGGGUCGGGAGUCGGAGGAAGUGGCGCUACUGCUAUUCCUACUCCCCCAAGAAGCCUGGCCCUCAACCGAAACAACCACUAUGCCGCCUCAGACACGUCGGGCGAUCAGGAGCAGGACGAGCUGCUGGACGCCAAGUACGAAUGCGCGAUAUGCAUUGAUUGGCUGAAGGAGCCAAUGCUGACGUCCUGUGGCCACCGUUUUUGCCAUGGCUGCAUCACUGACUGGCUACAGAACCACAACCAGUGCUGCCCCCUCGACAAUAAGCGGCUAUCCGCUGACCAGGACAUUUUCCCCGACAAUUUUGUGCGUCGAGAGAUUGAGCAGCUUAAGCACAAAUGUCCCAACUCGCCGCUCGGCUGUUCGGUAGUGGCCUCUCCCAUUGAGCUUCAUCGCCACCUACCCAGUUGCCCGUACCGACGCCAGCAGGAACCGGAUCCGCCGGAGGAGAAGUGUCCCUUUGCCGGAAUCAAAUGCGACUUUGUUGGCAGACCUGAGACGAAUCAGCUGGAGGAGCAUCUGAAGGCGGACAUGCCCCAUCACUUGCAGCUAAUGCUACAGGCCCUGCAGCAAACGGCCAUCGCUACCUGGCAGCCGCAGAAAUCAGGCGCAAGUACCUCCGGAUCGUUGGAGAACGGACAGCUGCCGCCGCCUCCUCAGUAUGCAAACGGAGUGGAUGAGCAGAUUGUGCAGACCAUGUACCAGAGGAUUGUGGUGCUAGAGCAGAGAACCCGGGAGCAGGAGACUCGCCUGGAGAACCUGCAGAAGCAGCUGCGCUUGGCCCGCCAACAGCAGGCGCCCGUCGAUCCUCGCUAUAGCAAUGGCACCAUAAUCUGGCGCAUCGAGCAAUUCGCAUCGCUCGUGGCCAGAUUCCGAGCGAAUGCCAACAACCGGGAGUACUCCCAUGAGUGCUACACCUCGCCGCAUGGCUACAAGUUCUGCGCACGUCUGAACAUUCAGCCCCGAAAGCCGCAAGUUCUCAGCUUGCACGUCCACCUGAUGCAGUCGGAGAACGACUACCACCUGGACUGGCCGUUUAAGGGACGGAUUAAGCUGUGUAUGGUACAUCCUACGGAUGCGGGCAUGUCGCAGCACGACACCAUUAUGACCAAGCCGGAGAUACUGGCCUUUACCCAGCCGCGCGAGCCAAUAAGCACACGAGGAUUCGGGUUCCUCGAGUACGCCGACAUAUCGAAUAUCAUGCAGCUGGGCUUCUGCGCCGACGACCGGCUGCUCAUCAAGAUCGAGAUCAACAUUGUGUGAGGUGACUCACCAUACAGAAAUCUUCCAAUAAACGUUGUGCGCACAACGGGGUGAAAGGAAUCCCAGGGUCUAAGAACUAACCAAUCUCAUUCCAUAGUUGUUCACCGACCCUGUGAUUCCUCGUCGAACGUAUUCGAGCUUCAACCCCAGUGAGAAUCUAUUAUAAUAUGCAAUGGCCAGUAGCGCUGACAUAUAUUUUAUAUAGACCUAUAUAUAGUGUACAAGCGAAAGCCAAUAGUCACACAUUUAGACGGCAACUUUGAUACCAUCAACUAGCGACUAUACCAAUACUAAUCGAUAUUAUCUAUUGUAGACCUAGAUUUUAAUAACCCCACUACUGUGUCCCCCUUUUUUUUAGUUCUUGUUCAGUUUUCAGGGGAAGCCAGAUCAUUAUUUAUAGAUUUAAUCAAAAGUCGCAACUUCUCCCUCCACCUAAUUGAUCGCUUAUCAGGGCAUUGGAAAUGUGUGGGUAAUCCCGACUUAGAAGGCGUCAGUUUGUAGUGGAAAUAUUGCUAAGUUAUGUGGCAAUUAUACUGGGACCGAAUCUCUUAGCUUCUCGGCCUCCAAUAAUCUUGUACUCCUACAUUCCCCCAAUUCGAUUGAUUUCAAUUAUUUGUAAGCUGAAUACGUCCAUUUAAUACUUGUCAAUAUUUUAAGAAAACCUAGUUUCAACUACUUUGAGGUUCAGAUCACACGAUUUGGAAAGGAUUACAGGGACUCUAGUUUCCUGGUGUUGAUGUGGCAACUAAAUUGACUGAUUUGAAAGGCACAACCACUAUGUUUUUUGAACAGCAUCCAGAACUUUUUUCUACAAACUCCAUAUCUGCCAAAUUAGUUUGGAAUGGAUCAAGGCUGUAUGUAUUAUUUUAAAACCAAGCUUAUACUUAUCUAUCCGUACUACAUUAAGCAUUAAGAGUCAAGAACCAUGGUCUUCGCCAGGGUUGGCCCAUCUCCGCCCUGGGGAGCCCCAAUAAAGGACACUUUUUGUACCGCCAA